UGUGAGCGCCGACCAGUUCUUGCAACCUUCCGAAGAUGGAGAAGAGCACGUCUUAGGUCUCGCGUGAACGUGGAUACUCUGUUCUUUUCUAGGUGUAGAAUUGCACGACCGCCUUUAUAUUGCUACGCUUCUCGGAGUUAACGUUCAGUUUUCAGUAUUUUAUCGUUUGUUUUAUUUCUCUUUUUUCACAGCCUCUGCGGAGUUGCAGCUCGAAUGUUAAUCGUAGUGCUAUGCACAUCCGGGCCACAAUGCCGUGACUCCAUUACUCCUCAUUCACUGUAAAACUAAGGAGUCGGGUUAAAGGGUGGUAUAUUUUUAUGAAGCUUUAUGUUUUGUAAAUAUUUUUUAUAAAUUUGCGUCAAGCUGGAACACAAAGGGACAUGUCUAAUCAAGGGGUGAGGAGAAAUGGCCCAGUGAAACUGCGGUUGACAGUCCUGUGUGCGAAGAACCUGUCAAAGAAAGACUUCUUCCGCCUACCUGACCCGUUCGCCAAGGUCGUCGUUGACGGAUCCGGGCAAUGCCACUCAACAGACACCGUCAGGAACACGCUUGACCCCAAGUGGAACCAACAUUACGACCUGUAUAUCGGGAAAUCGGACUCCAUCACCAUCAGUGUGUGGAACCAUAAGAAGAUCCAUAAGAAGCAGGGCGCAGGUUUCCUGGGAUGCGUGAGACUCCUGUCCAACGCCAUCAACCGCCUCAAAGACACUGGUUAUCACAGACUUGACCUCAACAAGCUGGGCCCCAAUGACAAUGAAACUGUGAGGGGCCAGAUUGUGGUGAGCCUGCAGUCUCGCGACCGCAUCGGCACUGGAGGGCCCGUGGUGGACUGCAGCCGGCUGUUCGACAACGACUUACCUGACGGCUGGGAGGAGAGGAGAACCGUGUCUGGCCGGAUCCAGUACCUCAACCACAUCACGCGCACCACUCAGUGGGAGAGACCCACCAGGCCUGCGUCGGAAUACUCUAGCCCCGGCCGGCCCAGCAGCUGCCUGGUGGACGAGAACACGCCCGUCCUGGAAACGAAUGGCGCGUCGAGCGGGCAGCAACUGCCGGGCGACCCUCGUGCGCAGGAGCGCCGCGUCCGCUCCCAGAGGCACCGCAACUACAUGAGCCGCACCCACCUGCACUCCACCCCCGACCUGCCUGAGGGCUACGAGCAGAGGACCACACAGCAGGGCCAGGUCUAUUUCCUCCACACGCAGACUGGCGUCAGCACGUGGCAUGACCCCAGAGUACCCAGGGACCUGAGCAAUGUGAACUGUGAGGAGCUGGGUCCUCUGCCGCCGGGCUGGGAGAUUCGCAACACCGCCACGGGCCGCGUCUACUUCGUGGACCACAACAACCGCACCACGCAGUUCACCGACCCACGCCUCUCCGCCAACCUCCACCUGGUCCUCAACAGUCCAAGCCCCAAUGGUUCACGUGUUGGGAUGGAGAGCCAGAACUCUAACCUCAGGGCCUCCGACGACUGCAGGCUGCAGGGCUCAGCCCUCACGUCAGACGAGAAGGGAAACCCUCGCCCGCCCCAGCUGAAGGAGCAGGCGCCUCCGCAGCAGGUGCUGUCCCCGGCGACUCUGCCCGAGGACCCCGAGUGCCUGACGGUGCCCAAGUACAAGCGGGACCUGGUGCAGAAGCUCAAGAUCCUGCGGCAGGAGCUCUCGCAGCAGCAGCCCCAGGCCGGACACUGCCGCAUCGAGGUGUCCCGCGAGGAGAUCUUUGAGGAGUCGUACCGGCAGGUGAUGAAGAUGAGGCCGAAGGACCUGUGGAAGAGACUGAUGGUGAAGUUCAGAGGAGAGGAGGGGCUGGACUACGGCGGGGUGGCCAGGGAGUGGUUGUAUCUUUUAUCUCAUGAGAUGCUGAACCCAUACUAUGGCCUGUUCCAGUACUCCAGAGAUGACAUCUACACGCUGCAGAUCAACCCUGACUCGGCUGUCAACCCAGAGCACCUGUCCUACUUCCACUUUGUGGGGCGGAUCAUGGGCAUGGCGGUGUUCCACGGCCACUACAUUGACGGCGGCUUCACGCUGCCCUUCUACAAGCAGCUGCUGGGCAAGCCUAUCACCCUGGACGACAUGGAGUCCGUGGACCCCGACCUGCACAAGAGCCUCGUCUGGAUCCUGGACAAUGACAUCACAGGCGUACUGGACCACACCUUCUGCGUGGAGCACAACGCCUACGGCGAGAUCAUCCAGCACGAGCUCAAGCCCAACGGCAAGAGCGUCCCCGUCACCGAGGAUACCAAGAAGGAGUACGUCAGGCUGUACGUCAACUGGAGAUUCCUGCACGGCAUUGAGGCUCAGUUCCUGGCAUUACAGAAGGGCUUCAACGAGGUCAUUCCACAGCACCUGCUCAAGGCCUUUGAUGAGAAAGAGCUGGAGCUGAUUGUGUGUGGUCUGGGGAAGAUCGACAUCAACGACUGGAAGUCGCACACGCGGCUCAAGCACUGCACACCGGACAGCAACGUGGUCAAGUGGUUCUGGAAGGCCGUGGAGUCGUUUGACGAGGAGCGACGCGCGCGCCUGCUGCAGUUUGUCACCGGCUCCUCCAGAGUGCCUCUGCAGGGCUUCAAGGCACUACAAGGGGCUGCAGGACCAAGGCAGUUCACCAUCCAUCAGAUUGAUGCGAACACCAACAACCUGCCCAAGGCCCAUACCUGCUUCAACCGCAUCGACAUUCCCCCGUACGAGCACUAUGACAAGCUGUACGACAAGCUGCUGACGGCCAUCGAGGAGACGUGCGGCUUCGCCGUGGAGUGACUGAGCGGGCAGACGAGAGCGACACACACAAACAGGCAGACAGACAGACCGAUGGACAGGCAGGGCGAGGCGGCGGUGGUGGAGGAGAGAGAUGGACAGAGAGGGCAGUCUGGUUCUCGGAGUGACCCCUUCCACAGAGCUAGCAGCCCCCUCAGCCAUCCCCUGGAACAACUGCCCCCGCCGGGAGCCUCUCCCGCAGCAGUGGCCACCUCCCAGACGAGAGGACCGGCAGGCUCGCCACACAAGAACACUCUCGCCUAUUCACCCACCUGUUUUUAUCUUUUAUUAUUAUUUUUAUUUUUAUUAGUUUUGUUUUGUUUUGUUUGUUUGUGUGUGAAUGGGAGUGUUUGCUCUGUUCUUCCUAUAUUUAGAUGAUGUUUUCUGUUUAUUUUAUUUUUAUUUUUAAAUGUCUUAGCUGCUAAGGACUUGAUUUUAUUUCUGAACCUUGAAAACCUGCAAGAAUCACAUUUUCUUUUUGUACGCUUUUUUUCUGUUGGUUUUGUCUUUGGUCUGUGCUGGAUAAUUGAAAUAUUUUAGUGGGAAUAUUUUUAAGGGAA